GUUUCUCCCGCCAAAUUUGAAUACCACGUGACAAGAAUAAACAUGGCGGAGGUUUCAUCGAAAAGGCGCAAGCGAAGUAAUCAAGCUAUAAUUCCGCAAAAUGGGAAUGUCUCUUCGAGCUCAGUGAACGAAUCGGAGAAGAAAAGAGCAAAAACAGACAUUGGUUGUCAAUCGUCUGCUAUCAAAAAGAUAAAGAAGAUGUUUGAUGCUGUAAUGCCGGAGGAUUUUUACGAUUUCUGGGCUUUUUGUGAGGAACUUAACCCAAAGAACCCAGAAGAUGCCUUUAUGGCUACCAUGGGUCUACAGCUUGUUGGGCCAUAUGAUGUUCUCACCGGUAAACUUGAUGGUUUAAGUGAAUCAUCGUAUCACCUGCACUGGAGAUAUUACUAUGAUCCUCCUGAAUUCAUGACAGUGAUUAGAGGAAAUGAAGAUCAAGGCUUUCACAUAGGUUAUUACAGGGAUGAACCCCAAGCCUUACCAGUAUUUGUAGCAUCUAACAAAGCCAAGGUAUCCUGUGAAAUGAGUGUUAUUGGAGAGAACCUUUUCUCUGCUCUCAAUACAUGCAUUACCGAAAACCUCAAGAAAAUCAAAGACAAAUCACAACAAAGCUCCCUUAAAAAGAUGCAAACAUCUCUGAUCACCAAAGCCAAAGAGCUACAGUACAGUCUUGCAACGACGACACCAGCAAUAAAGGCAAGGAACAAGAAGGUUAACUCCAAAACACUCCAUAAGGCAGGAAUUGUAGUUCCUGUUAAUGCUAUGGAUGUUGGUUACCGCCCACUCACUGUGACAGAUGCUGAGUUAAAAAAGAUGCUGAAGACCAUUACAGAAAGUGAUAAUAAGAGUGCAAAAGACAAAGCAUCCGAUGAACUCCAAGAACUUCUGACAUUUGUGCAGUUUGCAAAUGAUGAAGGAGAUUACGGAAUGGGACUUGAGUUAGGCCUAGACUUGUUCUGCUUUGGAAGUAAACAAUUCCAUAACACCAUUUUGCAGCUUCUGCCAUUAGCUUAUCAACUGCUUGGUAGAGAGAAGUAUGCGAAGAUUAUACAAGAGCAUUUGGAAAAUAGAGACAGAGAAAAACUUUCUGAAGCAUCGUGAUUGUAAUGAGAUACGUUGUCACUCAAAAAUAUACUCUAAACGUUUAUAUGUGCGUUUCUGAUAUAUUAAAAAGUUUGUCCUAUGUCUAUACGCUAAA